AAGCAGCGUGUUUUUCGAAGCGACGUGACAGCGAUUUCUUACGUAUAGCGGAACUUUGAAAAUAUCAACGAAUUUUUUUUAGAAUGUGACAAUAGCUAUGUUAAAAUUAGUAGUAUAGGAGGCGGUGUUACCGAUUCUUGGAAGCUUACACCGCUUGUAACUAUUAAGCUCCACGUCUGAUGGCUUAAAUGGCUAUCGAGAUACGAGUUUUUAUUCUCGAACAAGUCUAGUACACAAUCAGCCCUAAUACAUAAACUCACUCGGCGUACCCUCAAACUUUCCGUUUCCGCUGCAAAUCCCACCGCAACCUAUACUAUUGUAAAACAAAAGAGAUUACGCCAACAAACUUCGACAGGAGGUAUUAAACCGAACUGCAAAUUUGUGGUAGGCAGUAUAAAACGCGCCACAGGAUGAAAUCUUAGCUUUACCGAAUAUCAGUGGUCGUUUCCUGUCUUCAAAUUAAACAUGGAAAGAAUAGAUGUGCCAUCGUUCUGGGAGUUCAAAGGAGCCGGUGAUUAUACGGAUCAAAAACUAUUGAUGUCAUCCCCAUUUCCUGUUACCACGAUUAUAAUCCUAUACUUGUGGUUCGUUUUGAAAUUCGGUCCGGAAUUCAUGAGGCAACGAAAACCCUACAAUGUUGAAAAGCUUCUUGUUGUAUACAACAAUUUACAAGUUGCCGUCUCGUUUUACAUCUUUUAUUUGGGCUACCAAUUUAUGAGUAAAUACGGAAUGUGGAACAAGAAAUGUCUGUGCGAAAAAGACGAAACAAAAAUUUUGGUCCUAGACGGGAGUCAUUACUAUUUCGUAGCCAAAGUUGUGGAACUGAUGGACACUAUAUUCUUCGUCCUACGUAAAAACCAACGCCAGGUGACCUUCCUUCACGUCUACCAUCACACUAUGAUGGUUUUGGUCACGUGGUCAGUGGUGAAAUACAGCAGGACUGAUGGCACAGUUUUCCUCGGAACCAUUAACUCUUUCGUCCACAUUAUCAUGUACGGAUAUUACUGUUUGUCCGUUUUCCCGAGGAUCACGAAGUACUUGUGGUGGAAGAAGUACAUCACUGCUAUGCAGCUGGUCCAAUUCGUAAUGAUGUUUCUGCACAUUAUAAUCAAUCACGUUUCGUCUGAGUGUCAGCCGGCACAUGGUCUGCUUUUCGUUGUCUGCUUCAAUACAGUGUUAUUCUUGUAUUUAUUCGGUGAUUUCUACAUAAAGUCUUAUUUAAAAAAUAACGCUAAACAAAUCAUAAAUGCUGGUAAAGCGAUGAACGAUAAAGGAGCGAUUAAUUACGGUAAAAUGACUGUGAAAAUGCAGUAAAUUUUUUCUGUUUUUAUCUGGGGACGUAUGUCAUGAAAAUGGACAAAUUAAAUGAUAGUGCUCGCAUGGUCACCCUGGAUUCAGGUCGCUGGCGCCAGACACUUUGUAAAGCCUUCACACUUUCUGCCAUUUUUGAAUACCCUCGUUCAUGAUUAUCAGCAACACAGGGAUGCCGCUAAACUGCUACUAGCCAAGGACCUAAUUCUCUAUCGAAGGAAGACGGAGUAACGUCAAAAAGUGGAGUUAGCAGUACUUUUUUAUUAGUUCUUAAUUUCUUAGUCGAAAGCUAAAAAUAAAAAGGUAAUAAAGACAACAUUGUAAA